AUCACUGCUGGAUUGUGUUGCUCCUCCGACUUUAGCCAGCUGUCAGCUUUCUUCUCCCUGACGUCUUUUGUUUUUGUCAAUUAUUAGUCAGAUUUUGAUAUACAGUAUUCAUUUCUCAAAAUGCCCAAAGGAGGUAGGAAGGGCGGCCACAAGGGUCGCAUGCGAACCUACACAAGUCCGGAGGAGAUCGACGCCCAGAUGGAAGCAGAGAAGGAGAGGAAGACGAAUGAGGAGGAGGGUGCCGCUCAAAAUGACGUUGCGGAGAAGUUACAAGCAUCAGCAUCAGAUGAUAGUGAUGAUGAAGGUUCACAGAGGAAGAGAGUCGGUGUGGAGGGCUUGAUAGAAAUUGAGAACCCCAACAGAAUUGUUCAGAAAUCCAAGAAGGUGACACACAUUGAGUUGGAUGAGCCCAAGCAAUUGUCAAGGAGAGAAAGAGAGGAAAUUGAGAAGCAGAAAGCAAAGGAGCGCUACAUGAAGAUGCAUCUCGCAGGAAAGACGGACCAGGCCAAAGCUGACCUCGCACGCCUCGCCAUCAUCAAGAAGCAGAGGGAGGAAGCGGCGAGAAAGAAAGAGGAAGAGAAAAAAGCGAGAGAGGCAAAAGAAGCAGCAGCAGCGGCGGCUAAAAGAUUAAAUUCACUCUCGCUAAAAUGAUGCAGAGUAUUUAUCAGAACCAUUUUCCCACUUCAUGGACUGACGCAAUAUGGAUUUGACUAUUUGGAAGAAAAAAAAGUGCUACGAAUAUUCAUCACCAUACUGAUGGUGCACCUCGCCAUGGAAAAACGGCCAUAUUGGUAAAGUUGCAGCUGGGUCACUCACAAUUGGACUGAAGUUAUGAGCUUUUUCAUGAUAUGAAUCACACUGGUCAUGGUGUAAUGAUUUUGAUUAUUGAACAUUGGAGCUUUUUUUCCCCUUUGGGUUUUACACUGUAUAUAACUGAGUCAUGAAAAUAUUUCAGAAAUAUAUGAUUAAAAUGUUUAAAGAAAUAAUUUCUUCAUUCAGAGUCAACUGAUAUGAACAUGUGAUGGAUGAAUACAGCAGUUGGUUCUUUUUU